CAAUUUUUUUCUCUCUCUACAUCUUCGAUCUCUUUCUCUCUCUAUAUCUACAAACUCUCCCUAUCAAGAAAAGAAACAAGAGAGGAAGAACAAGAAGGACAAGGGAUUUAUUUUCUUUCUUUUUCUUUCUCUUUCUCUCCUCUCUUUAUUUCCUUUUGCCUUCAUUUCUCUCACCUUUGAGAGAGGAGAGAACACACCAAAAAAAAAUAUAAAAAUAUAAAAAAAAAAAAAGGAAAGAAAAGGGACAACCACCAUUAUCAAAUAAAUACAUAAAUGCAAUUAAGGAUUGCUUGAAGACAACAAGCCCAUUACGUAAUCAAAAUACCCUCAGUCAUUUUCUUUGGCUCUAUUUAAACCCUCUAUAGAGCCACAACACAAUACAGAAAAGAAAAAUUGAGCAUAUAAAGAGUGGUGAAAGUUUUUUCAAAAUGAUCAGCAACGACGGAGGAGCAUUAUCCGUGGAGUCGAGUCAGAAAACCAACCAAGGUGGUCUAAAGAAGGGGCCUUGGACAGCUUCAGAGGAUGCAAUCUUGAUAGAGUAUGUAAAAAGACAUGGAGAAGGAAAUUGGAAUUCUGUGCAAAAGAAUUCUGGUUUGAUGAGAUGUGGAAAGAGUUGUAGGCUUAGAUGGGCUAACCAUUUAAGGCCUAAUCUCAAAAAAGGUUCUUUUACCCCUGAAGAAGAGAGAAUCAUCAUCGAACUUCACGCAAAACUCGGUAACAAAUGGGCUCGCAUGGCUUCUCAGUUACCUGGUAGAACAGAUAAUGAAAUCAAGAAUUUUUGGAAUACAAGAAUGAAAAGAAGACAAAGAGCUGGUUUGCCUAUAUACCCGCAAGAAUUCCUAGAAGAACCCUCUCCAUUCCGUAUUCAUCAACAACAAUCACAUCAUCAAAAUCAACAAGGACAACAAAAACACCAUAACUCUUCUUCUUCUUCUCCAUUCUCUUCUUUACUAUCUUCGUCUCAAAAAUCUACCUAUAAUAAUUCCUCUCUUUCACUUCUCGACCCAAUUAACUUCUCAUCUUCAUUAGAUCCUUUGCAAAAUCAUCUUUCUUCCUUUUACUCAAAUCCCGCUUUCCAAUUAAAGUCAUUUGGUGAUAAUAGCAACCCUAACAGUAAUAACAAUAAUAAUACUAACUCUUCUUUAGCUUUGCCUCUUUCUCAAUAUGCAAGAUCAUCACCGGUAACCUCUAUACCUUCGUUUAACCAAAAUUUUUCAAGCCAAGCAAUUCCGACACCGCCUCCCUUACCGCCGUCGUUGCAUUACAAUUCUAACGAUUUUGAAAAUAAUGUAAGUUUUACUUCAUUAAUAAUGGGAGCUCACGUUGAACCAAUUGGCCUUAUGCCUAAUUCGAAGUCUGAGCUCCCUUUGGACCAAUCAUCACCGCGUGGAAAUACUGGCGGCGGCCGUGGCGUUGGUGGAGAGGCGUCAAGUAAAAAUAAUGACAAUGACAUAACAAGUGAAACUGACUUGGUUGCAGAGAUGCAGCAGGAUAAUAGGAAUAGUGGUUUGUUGGAUGCUUUGUUGAUGGAAUCCGAAAAUCUGUCUCGUAAAGAAAAAUCCAAGGUUGAGAAUUCGUUGUUAUUGGUUGCGUCUGAUAAAGGGAAACGAGUGAGAAAUGAGCUUACAAAGGAGGAUAAAGAAGAGAAAGAAGCUAUUAAACGUGUUAAGUUGUCGUUGGCAGAUGGCCCGGGUGAAGCCUCCGGUGAAAAUCACUACUGCGAUGAUUUUAGCUCUUCUCCAUCAUCAAUUGGGGUGAAACCAAGUGAUCAAGAAGCAAUGGAGGAAUUGAAUUCCAUGAGUGAUGACUUAUUAACCUUACUUGAUGACUUUCCAUCACCAGCGCCACUCCCGGAGUGGUACCGUAGUAGAAAUAUGUCCGGUGGGUUUUCGUCUGGCUCGACAGGUGACGGUGGAGGACUUGAAGUUGAUCAGCAAGAAACUUCACCGGCUGGCCAUCAGGUUGGCGAUCAGGUUGCAACCGCGGAUGACAUCCCAAAUGUUGACUGGACCUUUGGAUCCUCGUAUUGGAAUAACAUGCCAGGCAUUUGCUGAUAAGAACUUUGCUUUCCAAAAAGCUACGUGAAAAUUACUUGUUUAGACCGGGUCUAUAGCCACGCUUAUGGACCAAAUCGAAGACAGUCUUCAAAGAGACUUUACUAAUGUUGACGAGGAAAAAAGGGAAUUUAAUAGCUAUAGAGAAAUUAUGAUACUUUAUGUGGUUUUAUCGUUUAGUUAGAGAGUUAGGUUCUAUCAGGGAUUUCUUUCUCCUUUCUUUCUUCUUCUUUAACUUUUUUCAGUUGCUAGAUUUAAUGUUUUAAUUAGUGUUUGUUUCAUGCCGGUUUUAUUUAUUUAGAUCAAUAGAGGAAUAUCUAUCUAUAUGUUAGUGUAUCUUUGUAUAUAUCAAAGGUUGUAGAACAUAGAUUUGCAAUAGCACUAAACUUUAUCAGUGUUAAAAGUGGCUA